AUGAAGGAGCAGGAUCGAGCGGGGAAAGAGAGAGGGAGCAGAAGACGAGAGCGAGGAAAGAAAGAGGGGCACGCGGGAAAGAGCGGGAAGAAGGAGGGCCGGCAGACGGGCGGCCAGAGGACGAAAAACCCGGGGAAGAGGAGAGGGGCACCAAACAAACGGAAGACGAGGGAGGCGGAACGACCAGAGCAAAAGAGCGGGGGGAAAGGGGGAGAAGCGGGGGGGGGAGAAAGGGCCAGGACGGGGACAAAGAGGGGAGGGGGACAAAAAGGGGAGAGGGGGCGACAACACAAGGGCCAGGACAAAGGGCGCGGGAGAGGAGAAGCGGGAGCCAGAGGGAGGCACCAGAAGGGCCAGGACGAGGGAAGAGAGAAAGGAGCAAGGAAGGCAGAGCGCGACGCGCGAAAAGGAAGAAAGGCGCGGGAGAACAAGACACCAGGGAGCGGGAACCCGGAAGGGGACAAAGGGGGGGGGCAGGAAAGAGAAAGAAGAAGAACAGGGAGAGGAGAGGAAGCGAGGGGGGAGCCGAGGGGGGCACGCAGAGACCCGGAAGGGAGGGGAAGCAAAGAGACGCGCCCACGGGAAAGGGCAGGAAGGGCCGCGACAGAAGACAAGGGGCAGAAGAAGAAAGGGAGAGAGGCAGGGAAAGGGAGCGGGAGAAAGCCCGGAGGGAGGCAGAAGGCGCGAAAGGAGGAGGGAAGGAGGAGGAGGGGCAGGAGGGACGCGGGAAAGGGGGGCGAAGGGAGGGAAGAGCCGCAGGGAAGGAAGAAGAGGGACCAGGGGGGGCGCGAGAAAGGGGGAGAAGGAACGGAGGGAGGAGGGAGGAGCGCAGGCAAGAGGGAGGGGGAAACAGCAAGGAAAGAGAGAAAGAGCGGGAGAAGGGCAGGGCAGGGGAAAGACGGAGACGGGGGAAAGAAAAAGCGGGGGAAAGCGAGAAGGAGGAGCGCGACGGGAAGAGCGAGGGGGGCGGGGAAGGGGGGGGAGAGACACCAGGCAGCCGACAGCGAAAAGGGGGGGCACAGGGCGAGAGGCAGAGAAGGGGCAGGGGGGAGCAAACGAAAGGGGGCCGAAGAAGCGCGGGAAGCAGAGAAGGAACCGGGGGGACGCGAAGGCCCGGACGGCAGGAGCGGGGGAGCACCAGGAGAGAACCAGAAGGGCCAGAAGCGCAACAGAGGGGCGAGGAAAGGGCGAGCAAAAGCGAGGGCGCCCCCGACAAAGGAAGGACGGGAAGAAGGAGGAACAGAGCCGCCGGGAGCGGCGAGAGACAAAGACAGGACAGGGAGGGAAGAAACCAGGAGACGGGGGAAGAGGCGACGGGGGGACGGGCGGGGGGGGGAGCCCCGCAAGGCCAAGGCCAAACGGGGGAGACAAGGAAGGGCCCGAAAGGGCAAAAGGAGGACAAGAACACGGGGGGGCACAAAGGGGAGAGGAGCGCGAGAAGAGCCAGAAGAGGAGGGGACACGACGCGAGGGACAAGCCAGAAGAGGGGGCCAAGCCAGCGCGGCAAAGGGGAAAGAGAGGGAGAACGGGAAGAGGGGGAGCGGCAGGGGGAGACGGGAAGAGACUCAGGGACGCGAAGCAAGGCGGAAGAGGGAACGGAAAAGCGGAAGAGGAAGGCAGAAAAGACGAACAGGGCGCCACGAGGGCAACACAACGGGAAGGACAGGGACGGGAAGCAAGCCGGAAGAGGGAACGGAAAAGCCGGAAGAGGAAGACAGGAGCAAAGCGGAGGAAAGGGAUGCAGAAAGGAGAACAGGGAAGACGGGACAGAAGAAGGGCCCAGAAGGGAGGAGUGAAGGAGAACACCCCCCGGGGAAGGGGGGCCACAAGGCGGGCGCGGAAAAACGGGCGAGGAAAACCGGGGGGAAAAACCGAGACAAAAAAGAGGACAAGAGAAAAGAGAGGCAGGCCCGCAGGAAAACGGCACGAGGAAAACCACGGGGGAAAAACCGAGGGGAAGAAAAGAGGACAGAGAGAGGGAAAAACAGAGAGGGGAGGGGGCGCCGCAGGAAAAACCGGAACGGAAGAAAACCCGGGGGAAAAACGGAGGGAAGGGAAAAGAGGACAACCAGAAGCCGGCAGGGCGCAAACCGCAGAAGCGGCAGGAGGGGGGGGGGGGGCCAGGGAAGCAAGGAGGGGGCAACGGGGCCGCAGGGCAGGACGAGAGCAGACGCAGGCGCGGGAAAAACCCACACGAGAAACCCAAGCGGGAGAAAAACGAGGGAGGAAAAGAGGACAGGAGAGGGAGGGAGGGAGGGGGCAAAGAGGGCGCAAGGGGGAGGCGGGGAGGACGGAAGCGGCAGGAGGGACGGGCAAGCGGCCGGAGGGAGGAAGGAAAGGGAUGCCCGGGGGGGGGCAAAGAGAGGGCGCAAGGGGGAGGCGGGAGGACGGAAGCGGCAGGAGGGGACUGGCAAGCGGCCGGAGGGAGGCGAGGAAAGGGACGGCCGGCGCCCCCGGAAGAGAACAAGCGGCAAGGGCGACAGAGAGGGCAAAAGGGGAAGAGAGGGAGGGGACAAAGCGGCGGGAGGGGCACGAGAGGAGGGGACAAGAAGCGGAGGGCGCGGCGAGAGCGCAGAGAACAGGGGGGCAACACAAGGGGGAGGGGCCGCAGGGGGAACAGGGAGGGAAAGGCAGGGAGAACCAGGGGGGACGGGGCAGGGCGGGGAGCAAACAAAACAGCCAGGACCCAAGGAGCCGAGGAAAACCGGAGCAGGGGGGCGGACAGAAAGGGCAGGGCGGGGGAGCGCGAAGAGACCGGAGGAGAGGGGAAGCAGGAGGCAAGGACGGCAGGGGGAGGGGGAGCACGAGAGGGGGCGAGCAAGGGCAGCGCAAAGAGGGGGCGAGGAGGGAACGGCGGGGGCGAGAAGGGGCGCCAACGAGAAGGAAGGAAGGGACGGCGAGGCCAAAAAGGGGCCGGAGCGGCGGCAAGAGAGGAGGAGGCAACCGGAGGGGGAGAAAAACAGGACACGGAGAGGCAGAGAGACAGGGGAAAAAGCAGGGGGAGAGGGAGGCGGACGGGGGGAGAGAAAAAAAAGCGGCAAAGAAAAACGCGAGCGGCAAGGCGAGAGAAGACGGAGAGCGGGCACAAGCGGGGAGGGCAAAAGGCGCAGGCGGGAAACAGGAACGGACAGCAGCAAGCGCGGGAGAGAGGGCAGGGAGGGGGACACCAGCAAGCGGGACGGAGAGAAGAAAGAAGAAAGAAGGGCAGGAGCAACCCGGGAGCGAGCACACAAGGGGACAGAGGAGGCCGGCAAGGAGGAGAGGAACGCCAGGCGCAACCCGGGAAAGAGGAAAGAAGGACACAGAAGAAGACGGAAAGAAAGCCGCAGGGCGAGAAGGAGGAAGCCAGCAGGGAGGGCGCAAAAGAAAGGGAACGGCAGAGCGAAAGGGAGGAGGCGGCCAAGGGGAGGAGGGAGCGGAACGGAAGGCCAGGGACCGGGGGAGAGGAGAGGGGAGGAAAAGCAAGGAAGGGGCGCGGCGGGAACCCAGAGGCGACAAACGCGCGGCGAGCACCGCAGGAGGCGGAGGGCGCGGGCAGGCACACACCCAGGGGGAACCGGCAGGGGGAACGCGCAAAGGGGGGAGGGGGAGAAAGAGAAGGAGGCAGGGGAGCGAGGCGAGCGAGGCCGGAAGGGCGCCGGGAGAGAGGAAAGAGGCAGGGCACGGCGGGGGCCGAACGCGGGAGCCAGAGGAGCAGAGAACGAGCAAGGGGGAAGGGCAAGGGGGGGGCGACAACGAGAACCGGGGGGAAAACGCCCAGAGGGGGAAAAGGAAGGGCAAGGGCGAAAACAACCAGAGGCGAAACAGGGCCCAAAGAGAGGGGGAGCGGGGCGGGCCGCAGCCCGAGGAGGACGGGGGGGGGGGGCACCGAGAAGGCGGACCAGGGGGGGCGGCAGCGGGACGAACGGCGGCAGGACAGAAGGAGGCAAGCGAGGGCAAGAGGGACAAGAGGGCGGGACGAGAGCGAGGAGGAGGAGCCAGAGCGCGGGCACCGAGAGAGCGCCGACACGGCGAGGGGCAAGGAGGAGCGAGAGAGAGGGGGGGGCCAAGGAGAGAGGACCGAGGCACGGCGGGGAGGAGCAGGAGGAGCAAGAGAGGGAGGGGCAGAGGAGGGGCGAAAAGCGCAAAGAGAGGAGCGGGGGAACGGCCAGGGCAAGCGAACGAGGACAGGGAGGGAAAGAAGGAAGAGGGGGGAGGCGGAGGAAAGGGCGGGGCAGGCCAAAAAGCGACGGAGGAGGAGAGGAGCGCCCCCGAAGGCCGAGAAACAAGCGGCAGGAGGAAGGCAGGCAACGGACCCAAGGAGAGGGAGGGAGCCCCGAGCAGGGGCGGGCGGAGGAAGCAAGAGACGGAGGGGCGGGGAGAGCCCGGGGAGAGGGACGGGGGGGGGGGAGAGAAAAGAGACGGCGCAAAGAAAAGAACGCAGAGAGGGAAAGGGGACGGCGGAAACCACGGACGAGGGGAAAAAGGGGGGAGAGCAAGCCGGGAGGGAGGAGGGGGGAGAGGCAGGGAGGGAGACGGGGGAAAAAGAACGGGACGCAGAGGAACGGCAGAGCAAGCCGGCGGGGAGGGAGGGGAGAGGGGGACCAGGGGGGGCAAGAAGGCAGCGGCAAGGGCAGCCGAAAAGGAGGACGGAGAGAAGGAAAGCCGGAAGCGACCGGCGGGGCAAAGAAAGAGACAAAACAAGGAGGGCGAGAAAGGGAAAGAGCAGAGGCCCAAAGCGCAGGGCAAAGAGGGGCGAGAGCAGAAACGAGCACGGGAAACAGGGCAGAGCCGGGAAGAGGAGCACAGGCAAGCGAAGGGGGAGCAACGACAGGGGCAACCGAACCAGAGGGAGAAGGCAGGCGAGGGCCGCACGGAGAAGGGGGGGGAGGAAGCGCAAGAGCGAGGGCCGAGAGCAAAGCAGAAAGGGCCAACAAGAGAAAGAACAAAAGCGCGGAGAGGAACAGAAGCAAGAGAGGAGAGGCGAAAGGGGGCAAGGAAAGAGAAGCACAGGCAAGAGGGGAGAGAAGGGGCCCGGAGGGCGGGGACACCAAACGCGCAAGGGAGGCAGGCACAGCCAGAAAGAAAGAGGAGCAGGGGGACACACAAGGCAGGACAGGACAAGAGAGAGGGGAGGAAGGCAGAAAGGAGAAAAAGGAGAGAAGGACCGGGCGCCGAAGAAGAAGGAGCACAGGGGGCGGCCGGGCCCAGGCAGGCCGAGGGCGGGGAGGCAAAAACAGGACGGGGCCAAGCAAGCGCGCAGGGGAGGCAGAGGGGCAGAGCAAGCAGGAAAACAGCACAAAAGAGCAAGAGAGACAAGCGGAAAACGGCAGAAAAGGGGCAGAAGGGGGACCGGGAGGGCAGAAGGGGCGGGGGGAAAACGGGAACACAGGGGGACACAAAAGGGGGCAGAGAGGGAGGGCAGCAAGGCGAGAACGGACAGAAAAAGGGGCAGGGCAAGCCAAGGGGGGAAGGAGGGGGCCGAAAGGGGCACAACAGGGCGCCAGGCAGAAAAAGAAGGGCAGCACACGGCCAAAACGGGACAAACCUGGCCCCCGACUCCUCUAG